AUGGAUCACAUAUUGAAUUCAAGAUAUAUUCAGAUAAAGGAGAUAGUAAGGUCGUUUGUGUUAGUGAGGUCAUUGUUCUUUUGCUCCGGUAAAUCGGUUUGUUACAGAUUUGAUUUUCGUGUUCAUCAUGUCCUAGAAGACGACAGAUACGUGAAAUCCGCCGUCGAACUCGAGGGUUUCGUCAAUUUCCUCGUGAAUCUUCUCGACUUCGAGGAGAGCGAAAUUCAAGAGGAGGCGGCCAAAUCGGUGUCUUUAAUUGCAGGUUUUCAGUCCCACAAGGGUGUUCUAAUCGGUGCAGGGGUGAUUACCCCUUUGAUAAGGGUUCUAGAAUCUGGGAGUGAGCUGGGCAAAGAAUUUGCCGCCAGGUGUUUGAUGAAAGUCACGGAGAAUUUCGAUAAUGUAUGGUCGGUUUCCGCCCACGGUGGAGUGCCUGCCCUGUUGAAGCUUUGCAGUAGUGAUAGCAGUAGUGGGAGUGAAUUGAUUGCUCUGUCUUGUGGGGUGUUGAAAAAUCUCGUUAUUGUCGAAGAAAUUAAGAGAUUUGUGGUCGAGGAAGGAGCCAUUGUUGAACUUGUUGAGCUUGCUAGUUCUAAAGAUGAAAUUGUACAAAUAGGCUCGCUCGAUUUACUGCAAAUAAUAGCUUAUUAUAGAGAUUCGUCGAUUAGGGAAACGAUUAUUAAAGAAGGCGGACUUCGAGCAUUGGUUCGGAUUUUGGAUCCAAAAUCAUCGGUUUCAACAAAGACAAGAGAAGUGGCAUUUAGGGGAAUUACGAGUAUAUGUUCCUUGUCGGAAAAUUUGAUAAGUAUACUUAUAAAUUACUCGUUUAUGGAUCAUAUACUUUAUUUUCUUCGAUAUGGCGAUAUUUUCGUACAAGAAUUGGCAUUAAAUGCUGCGUUUUGGCUAUGUGGAACUUCGGAGGAAGCUAAGAAGUUAAUGUGUGAUGCUGGGUUUAUGCCGGUUCUUGUUAAAUUUCUCGACUCGAAAUCGUUUGAAAUACGAGAAAUUGCAGUUGAGAUACUUUCUAGUAUGUUGGUUGUGUCCAAGAACCGAAAGAAAUUCGUGCAAAACGAUCAGAAUGUCGGUACGCUUCGGCAAAUGCUCGAUCCCAAUGAGGUGAAUUGUGGUAAUAAAAUGUCGUUACGCUUCGGCAAAUGCUCGAUCCCAAUGAGGUGGACACGAUAG